AUGUCAGAGGAGGUUAAGCAAGAAGCCCAAAGAAUCACGGAGUCAGGCUAUCUUCAGACCCUGAAACGAAAGGUGGACAGCACAUUAGUCCUCAAUUUCGACCUCAAGACCAUAUAUGCGCACCUGACGCGCAAUGGGUCCAUCUUCAUGAACAUCCUUCAGUCUCUUGCAACCUUGGCUUGUCAGCUCAAGAGUGCACCAAUAGAGCGUAUGGCUAAAAAGAUAAAGAAGGUCAUUGGCCUGUAUAUGUACAGCACUGGCUCCCUGUAUAUGUACAGCACUGGCUCCCAACGCCAACCGCUCAGUGUGAUGUCGCACUUGGGUCUAUCUGAAAGCUAUGAUGCAAUUACUGGAAAACAGCGUCGGAAGAAGAAAAAAGCGGCCACUAGCGAUGCAUUGCCGCUGAUUGAAGAGCUUCUGAAGUCAAAAGGAGGGACCCUCCGUCAACUCUCGCGCUCGAUGGUGGAUGCCGCAUCUGCUGUAGCACCAACAGGCCUUUUUGCCACUUCGUAUGAUAAUAUCAACAUGGUGUUCCGCGCAGCUGAGCAAAUUGUUGGGCGGACAGAUGCUCAGGAGAAUGGCACAUGUGCCACAAUUUGGCCGCUGUGGAAGGCAAGACUGGAAGACAUGAAAGUCGAGGACCUGACUUCCACCUUUGAUCAAGCACCCCUGCUCUCUAUUCAUGAUGUAAUCCUUUCUCCAGUGGAGGCCACUCAGCUCAAGUUAAACCUCCAACAUACUAUUUCACAGAUAAUUGUGACAUAUGGUGGUGAGGGUUUUGAGAAGUUCGGGGAUGAUCUUGCACGCACACUGCCAGUCAGUGACGAGAAGAUUGAGCUCAACAAAACACCACUCCACCCUCUCCCAGCCAUGGAUAUUGAUGAGUCUACAAUCGUUGAUGGGGCUGAGGUUGUGGAAACAAUUUUUGACAUACUCGGGAUUCGCAAAGUGAAGGGCUGGCUUGGGACCAUCAAGUUUUUUUGUGGCGAUCAGCUUACUAUCGCUCGGCUACGGGCGCUUGUCAAUAUUCGGGCUGGCCAUGAGGGAGGCUAUUCAGGCUUUGGGUGGGGCGUUUGGAUGCCAGGACUUUUCCAUGCGAAGAUGGCUGAUGUCCAUGGCUGUCUUCUGACACAUUGGGGGAAACCGUCUGCAGGAACUCGAAAUCCAGGAUGCUUGGCUUUUCACAACACGGUUCUCCAACGUAAGCCCAUCACCAUUACAUCCCCCCCACCCUUUCGCACAUGCCGUGAUCUUAUCUUUGUGUCACUCUAUGCCCGGGUCCUGCACUGUCUGCUUCUUGUCUCAAAGAAGGCAUCUCUCAAGGAGUGUCUCGAGGAUUUGACAUGGGCCCAACUUGAACUCUACUCAACAGAAAUCCUUGAGAAAUUUGGAAGUGCGGACAUUGUUUCUGAGCUGAGACAGAAGCGGAAACAAGCUGCAGUGAAGCUGACCACAGAGACACCAGUGCAUGACGGUGACAUGGUGUUCGAAAAUGCUGUUCUCUUCUUUCGCAAUGCUCUUCUCUCGCGUGAGUUCACGGAUGCUGUCAAAUCUGGGGACUCAGGCUGA